AUGCCUCUCUUCCGGUACUUGGAGGGCCAGCCCGGUCAAGCUACUAGUACUACCUAUUCCCAUGCCGUUCGCUCCAUCUACUGGCCAGAGGGGCAUAUUCAGACCCCUUCAUCUCGGCCACCUGGCCUGCCAUCCCGACGACCUAAAACUCGCAUUUUCUCCUUCGCAGACGUCUUCAUCAAUUCCCUGGUUAUAGCCGGAUAUUGUAAGAAGCACUCUCCGUGUCCUAGAGAGUCCUUCUUGAGUUCGCGGAAGCAUUAUUCAACUGCAGCGGCAACCCAGACUUUCACGUCAAUGAAGUCCUCGAGACGGUUGUCUAAUACUGGCUUUCAGGAAUCUAGACCCGUGUUGUUCAGGCAGGCGCAGCUUUUUAAGGAUGAGAAAAGGAUAUUUUUGUCUCUUAGAUCCAGUUUACCGGCCUGUGUCCCCCUAAACGCCAGUGCGUAUCUUGCCGCUCGACGAAAUCCCAACCCAAACUAUCGGGCUCUAUUUUCUUAUUUCUAUAACACGCUCGGAUAUGAAGAAGGUACAAGGAGUCUAAUGGUUGCAUUAUCCAAUCCAAAUUUGGACAUGCGAGUUUCCAGACCAGAAAUGCAGGAUGGUGCCGAACAGGGUGAUUAUGAGAGUGCCCAAACCCAACACCUUGUAUCUCUGUUACAAGACCGUUCAAGUUCGAAUGAAGUUAUAUUUAAUGCAUACACAUCUCUUCCCGCGCCGAGAAUCACAUAUCUCUCCCCUCGCUACCGCACAACUCUUCUCUAUCGUUUCGCAAAGCCUCGUCAACGCGAUCCCGUGGCUGCUCUACGCUUUCUAGGUAUGAUAGAUGACAUGUGCAACGCGUCGCUUGAUAUGUCACCUUCCCUGUGGGCGUCAGCGAUCAGUCUCGCUGGGAAAAAAUUAGAUAAAGUGUCAAAAAUUUCCUUUCAAGCUGCACUUGAUGUUUGGCGGCGAAUGGAAUUUGAAGGGAAAGUCGAUAGCAAUUGUGUUGUGUUCAACAUACUUUUUGACCUAGCAAUUAAAGCAGGCCAGUUCAAAGUGGCCGAUAAAAUUAUUCUGGAAAUGCAGAAUCGCAGGAUCGAUUUCUCUCGCUUUGGAAAAGUGACGCAAAUAUUCUAUCUUGGAAUGCAGGGGGAUGCCGAGGGAGUCCGCAAGGCAUAUCAUGACUUCGUUAAAUCAGGUGAACUUGUUGAUACGACGGUCCUGAAUUGCGUAAUGACGUCCCUGGCUCGCACAGGCCACAUGGAACUAGCCGAACAGAUGUAUCGUCGUAUGCAGGCUGUUCACAAAACAGUUUUUGGGGAAAAUAAAGGCUUCAAAUACGGUUCAUAUUCCUUACCGUCUAAAGAUUAUGCUUCAUACAGGGAGGCGAGCAAAUAUAUUGGCCGAAUCCUUGGGGUUGCUACCUUUCUACAUGAUAAACUUCCUGAGAAUCAUCGAAAACUACAAGCAUCUUUACCCUUAACGCCAGAUGCAAAAACAUUCCACAUUUUUCUUUCAUACCAUGCAUAUAUAUCUGGUGAUUUGCAGCGCUUCCUCGGCUAUGUGGGUGACAUGGAAGACACCCUCGAAUUCCCCCCUAAAGAUAUGGUUUAUGUACUCUUGUUAGAAGGCUUUGCGAAACAUGGCGGCGCGAAAAACUCCCCCUGGAACUAUAAGCGACUAUCACGAACCUGGGAAUCGUUUCUUAGUGACUUACAAAAGGGAAAGCAGGCGCAACGGAACAGGAUAUUGCCUCACUUGGACCGCAACACGCUGGAACAUAAAUGCUCUGAUACCUUCAUAUCUUUGCUAAAUAAUGUCAAAGACAGGGAACCAAGCGUUCUUGAUGACAAUGUACCUCUUACGGCCGGCUAUACCACCGACAUAUCACACCUUCAUUCGAAUACCAGGGAGAGUGGUGAAGACCUCGAUCAACUUUAUAAUAGUACAGGUGAUGAAAGCAAUGAACCCAUUGAAAGGAAAGGCUUAUACCUUGGCCAAAGAAUCAUAAUUGCGUGCCUUAAAGCACACUUUUUACAUGGCGGGCCAAAUGCCGUUUUCCGUGUAUGGCAUCAGAUCGCCCCUCUCUGGCAAAUGGAGUCUCGACGUCUCAAAGAAAUUUACGCGGUGAACGAUGUGUUAUCCGACCUUUUGCGCAAUAGACGUGUUUAG